AUGCCGACAAAGACCCGUCCAGUUGAGAAAUUUGCCAGAGCCACUGCUCAAUGCUCGGUUCAGGCUGCUGCAUAUGGCAAGUGUGUAGUCACAGACUACAAUUCUGUACACAAGGAUAUGUGUGCUAAAGAGUUUAUGAAGCUCAAGGAUUGCGUUUUGGCCGCAUCCAAGAAGGGUUGA